AUGGAAUGCCCAGACUGUAGUUUGGGGCCUUUCUACGUGUAUUCUGCUCUAGAAUCGCAUAGAGGUAGUGCGGCUUGCAGAAUAGCUGCUGCAUCCAGAGGCGCAGAGGCGUCAGAUUCCCCACCAAUCCAACCCCCCGCUCGACGUCGGCGCGUGUGGAGUCCUUCCAGAAGUGAAAACGUAUUCGUACCACCUACGUUUGAUGAGCCAGCUGAUGACGACGGUGUGGAAGCGGCAGCCGCUCGUGCCGCCGAUGAUCCGGAGGCAUUCAUGGCACGCAUGAGUGACUCGAGUGGGAUAGAGGAAGUUUCUCAGAUUCCCAACGGAUCUAAUCCGCGCCCCGCAGCUCCAUUCUCCUUCAAGGACGAAUUGGCACGCUGGAUUCUCCAAGAGCGCAUAUCUCAACAUUCGCACACCCCCUCUCUCCCUGCUAUCUAUUCUGCUAUGCCUGGCUCUCCCUACCUCUCCCUCACCAUCCUGAUGCAUUUCCAGCACAUCCUCUCUCUCCCGGCUAGCCAUUCUGCUAUGCCCGCCUCUCCCAACCUCUCUCUCACCGUCCUCAUUCACACCACCUCUCUCCCUGCUCCCCAUUCUGCCAUUCCUCUCUACCUCUCCCUGCCAGCCCCUCUCUACCUCUCCCUGCCAUUCCUUCUCUCCCCUGCGCUUCCCUCUCGCGCAUUGCCCCACAUUCUGGAUUUCCAUCCCUCUCUACCUCUCCCUGCCAUUCCUUCUCUCCCCUGCGCUUCCCUCUCGCGCCUUGCCCCACAUUCUGGUUUUCCAGUCCCUCUCUACCUCUCCCUGCCAUUCCUUCUCUCCCCUGCGCUUCCCUCUCGCGCAUUGCCCCACAUUCUGGAUUUCCAGUCCCUCUCUACCUCUCCCUGCCAUUCCUUCUCUCCCCUGCGCUUCCCUCUCGCGCCUUGCCCCACAUUCUGGUUUUCCAGUCCCUCUCUACCUCUCCCUGCCAUUCCUUCUCUCCCCUGCGCUUCCCUCUCGCGCAUUGCCCCACAUUCUGGAUUUCCAGUCCCUCUCUACCUCUCCCUGCCAUUCCUUCUCUCCCCUGCGCUUCCCUCUCGCGCCUUGCCCCACAUUCUGGUUUUCCAGUCCCUCUCUACCUCUCCCUGCCAUUCCUUCUCUCCCCUGCGCUUCCCUCUCGCGCAUUGCCCCACAUUCUGGAUUUCCAGUCCCUCUCUACCUCUCCCUGCCAUUCCUUCUCUCCCCUGCGCUUCCCUCUCGCGCAUUGCCCCUAGUUCUGGAUUUCCAGUCCCUCUCUACCUCUCCCUGCCAUUCCUUCACUCCCCUGCGCUUCCCUCUCGCGCAUUGCCCCUAGUUCUGGAUUUCCAGUCCCUCUCUACCUCUCCCUGCCAUUCCUUCUCUCCCCUGCGCUUCCCUCUCGCGCAUUGCCCCACAUUCUGGAUUUCCAGUCCCUCUCUACCUCUCCCUGCCAUUCCUUCUCUCCCCUGUGCUUCCCUCUCGCGCAUUGCCCCUAGUUCUGGAUUUCCAGUCCCUCUCUACCUCUCCCUGCCAUUCCUUCUCUCCCCUGCGCUUCCCUCUCGCGCCUUGCCCCACAUUCUGGUUUUCCAGUCCCUCUCUACCUCUCCCUGCCAUUCCUUCUCUCCCCUGCGCUUCCCUCUCGCGCAUUGCCCCACAUUCUGGAUUUCCAGUCCCUCUCUACCUGUCUUUGUAUCUGCAUCCUUUUCAGAAGCCUUCUUCCAACCCCCCAACAGGAUCGCCUUGGCAUCGACGACGUCGUUGCCACUCUCAUUCUCUCGUCGGAUGAGACAAUAG